GCCUGCUGAACCGUGUGGAAAAUUACGUGGAUGUUUUGUGUCAUUCCUUCUUGAAAAAUAUAAUUUCGAAAAUCGCAUCAGGAGUAGUUUGACUCGCGUGUUUUUUCUCUAACCAGCAGGCGCUAUUUUACCACUUUAACAGAGUACCGGGGCAGGCCAUGAGCUCCAGCAGUCCGACCAGACAGCUGGCAGACGGACUGACUGCAUCUCCACUGCUGAUGCCUGUGCUGAGCCGAGAGGUGCAGAUGCGGUCUGUCUGGUUCCUCCGUCUGGAGUGAAGCCUCUCUGCAUUACAACCAGAGGAAGGACCCGCUAACCAUGGACAAACCAGAAAGUCUGUCACUCGCUCCUACCUGCCCCCAGGUGUGUCUGUAAUGCUCAGGAGUGAGGAGGAGAGCAGCUGAGGAGGAGGAGAUGGGCUGCACCUCCGCCAAGCAGGUGUCUGCCGUGCCCAACGGCGAGGAGGGCCAGAAUAAAGCCUACAGCAACGGGGACCUCCUCUCCGAUGAGUACAAGAUGAAAGGAGUGGAGAAAGUCAAGUACAUGAGUGGAGACGAGGGAGGAGUGGACGGCCAGGACAGCACAGAGAAAAGUGCUCUGCUGGGUAAAGGUCAACACAUGGAUGAAACAGGGUCCAACGGGAAUGGAAAAAUUCUGAGCAUCCACUCCUCGGAGAGUCAGCAGGAAUUCUUCAGGAUGCUGGAUGAGAAAAUCGAGAAAGGCCGGGACUACUGCUCAGAGGAGGAGGACAUGACAUAGCACUGCGGCUGUCUGUCCAUCAGUCUCAGUGCGAAGGACCUUUCACUCCAGUGUUACGGAUGGACUGAACCAUGUGUUGCCAUGUCCCGGGGGGAGGACUGUCCCUUGUAUGUACACGCCUGAGAAAAAUGGAUUACUGACUUGAAUCAAGCACCUUUUUGCCCUCCUGCUCACAUCCUUUGUUCCUGCUUAACCCAGCGAGAAACGACUACCAAAAUCAAAGAUGGUUCAGUAUUUAUACGUUUCGAGGUUUACUUCCUCAAUGAAGCCAUUACAGGACGAUCUUGGGAUUUUAAUCUGCUUUUCUUUCCCUGCUUGGAUAAGUGCUGGAAGGCCGAUAUACAUGGCCGUCAACCAUAAGACUCCACCAGUGCCCUUGUGGACGCUGACUCAAAAGUGAAGAUAACCUCUCUAUCGGCAUCGUUUUUUGAAUAUUUCAUCCUUGAACGCCUCCCUGAAAAAGUCAAGGACACUUCCUGCAUUCCAAAACACAGUCUGAACCUCUUUUCUACAGCACGUUGGCCAGUACAGUGUGUUUGUCUGUCCAUGUCUGUUUUCUGCGAUGAUGUAGAGUAUUUAUGUUGAAUAAGGCUCAGGGUUGAAGUGUUGUAAUCUUUGUCUCAUGUGGUCAGGUCCCUCCUCUCAUCUAGACACUACUGCACCAUUUUAAAAAAACAAAACAAAAGACACUCAUGCACUCACACAGCAGGGUUAUUGAUGUCCCCUGCUUCAGUAUCUGUGCCAUGUUAAUGGUGGACACUGCAAAAUCACAUUCAAGUCUCAUCAUGUAUUCCCCUCACCAGUGUUAUGUUGUUGUGUUCGGUUGUAUGUUUUUUUGUUUUUGUUUUUUUUGAUUUUCUAGAAAAAUUAAAAAAAUGUUUCCAGUAUCUUAAUCACACA